ACCCAGGCAACGAGUUUCCAAGUUGCUCUGAAACUUGGAGAUCACUUCCAUUAUCAUAGCUAUCAUAGUGCUAUUAUCACCAUACAUUCUGUCUCAACUACACGCAAGUUUCCAAUCCAAACAAGAGAUCUUGGAAAAUGAUGACUCCAUCUGCUGGUUCCGUGGCGUCUUGGAGCUCCUCUUGGACAAGCCACCAGGGUUCGAUUGGUAAAUCGUCGAUUUCCCUUUCUCCUCAGGGUGACGAUGAAAACAAAGAACCGGGGAAGAGACCAGAACUCUUGGAAAUCAAAACUAUUAGUACAGAAGAAAGUGGGGACAGUAGUGAAAACUCUGCCGAAGGGGACGAUACUAAGGGAUGCCGACUACUGUGUAGACAAUUCUACAAUUACCUCUUUCACUCGCACGAUGGAAAAGAGCUGCUGUUGAGUGCCAUUAUAGGUAUUGCGCUGCAAGGGCUGAGCUAUCUUUUGGGGAACGACCCUAGCGAUCGACCCAUUCCAUACCAAUUUGUAGAGGCCACGGGGACGUAUGUACUGAAUCUCUCUUACAAUUUAGAAUCUAGGGGGGACACUAUUCCUGAUUGGGCGAUUGCUGUGUUGGCCAUUAUUGUUUGUCCUGGAGUGCAGUUCUUGUCCAGCUUUGUGAUUGCUGUCCGCAACAAUACCAAUCCCUUCGGAUCCCAGAGCGACGUUCAUCGCACCUUGUGUGCAUACCUGCUGACAAUUUCGGUUACGAAUUUCUUGACAUGGGCAUUGAAGAGUUACAUGUCAAUCUACAGACCCGACUAUUACACACACUGCCAGCCCAAUGAGACGUAUGAGUACUGUACUAACACAGAUGGGGACAAGGGAGAAUUUGAGUUUGCUGGAUCCUUCCCCUCGGGCCACGCCAGCUAUACGUUUUGUUCUCUAACUUUGUUGACGCUAUACUUGGAGCGCACCUUUGGACUGCAGUCCAUUCAAAGAGCAUAUGUCAUUGUGGACAAGAAUAAGGAUGGACUCAUCACACCUCAAAAUAAUCUAUACCAGCCCCAGUAUCCGGCUCGACUGCUGGGAAUUGGGUACCAGACUCGACGCAACUGGCCGGUCCUGGUGUAUCGCCUGAUUUCUUUCUUGUGCUCCGCCCCACUGAUAGUGGGCUGCUUCAUGGCGGCCAGCCGAGUAGUGGACAACCGUCACCAUCCCUCGGAUAUUGUUGCUGGUAUUCUUUUGGGCUCCUUCAUUGGCUAUUACUUCCAUACAACAUGGUUUGAUGAUCCCAAAUUCUCAAACCAAGAAAAGAGGUCUAGGAAAUCAGAAUAGAAGUACCAGUACCGGUAUGGGGGUGGUGGGGUUGAUGAUUAUGCACUUGGAGAUACACUGCGUACAGCCAACAGCCACCGGCCAUAUAGAAGAACCUUUCAAUUUUGAACUUGAUAGAUUAUGAAUAAUAAAAGAUGUUCGCUCCGUCC